UUGGCUACCAUAUCCAAACGCUUUGCAAACACAGAUGUUCAGCAACUAUGGCAGCCUCCAAUAAAGAUUUUCAACGACUUAAAAGAAUGGUUAAAGCAUCCCAUCCAUAUCGAAAAACUGUGCUUUGUCAAUUGGUGGUUGCCGUUGUCGUUAUUUACUUUUGGUACAGCUUUAAUGAAGGAUUUAUUCCAUGGUUUUUAAGAAGGAAGAUCCCAGUGUUAGAGGUGAGCCCAGAUGUGAGUCCAAUGAUAUAUUUUCCCCAUGCCAACGAGGAUGGAAACAACAUUAGGUGGUCCAGACAUGUCAACAGUCGGAGAGCAUUAGACACAGCCAUUACAGGAGAAAUCGACAUGAUACAAGGUGAUGUAAUCCUAAAGGGACAGGACACUGAACAUCAGAGCCUCAUUCCGGUGAUGGCCCGCCUCCCUAAUACGGACAGUGACCUGACCCUGGAUGAUUGGCUGGCUGAGGUCAGGCAGUCCUAUAGUAAAGGAAUCAAGGUCACCCUCCAGUCCAACGAUGCUGUGGAGAUCACACUACAAAAACUGAAGGACUCCAGACGAGGGCUUCGGAGACCUGUUUGGCUGCAUGCUGAUAUACUACAAGGUCCUCAUGGUUCCAAGCCAAGAGUUGACAUGACGAGGUACUUCAAGCAUGUCAACCGUUUGUUUCCAGAAUGCACCAUGUCUCUGGGUUGGACGACGGGCACUCACACCGACCUGAGCCUGAGUGGUUACUCCUGGGAUAAUGUCCUGGACAUGUAUUAUGCUGUCAUGGAUGCAGAGCUUCAACAGCCAAUUGUCAUCUCUAUUAGAUCUUCUCUUAUUCGAAAUUCAAUCCCACAGCUUAAAUGGCUGACAGACAACCUUCAUGCUAGUGUGUUCAUUUGGCAAGAAGAAGGGGAGAGAACUGCAGCAGAGGAUUUGAUGCACAUAGCUUACAGGUUUGCCCCUGAAAAAUCCUAUUGGGACAUCCAUAAUAAAGAUCUUAAUGCUUAUCUAAAAAAGAACAGAAAUAAAUCCAGUCCCAACUUGAGCCCCUACGCCAAGCAGCGGGACACUGUCUUAUUUCGCCCCGAUGCCUGGCUGAAGAUGGGUCUUCAUAUGGAACAUCACUCCAUUCUACCCAGUGAAGAGGCAUUGGUCCUACAGAGUCGUGCAGUGUAUGUUCUGACAAAGACAAAGUAUAGGCCCUCCAAACUCAUCUCUCUUAAUGGCAGAGUCCAGUUUUUAAACAGGAAGAAUAAAGAUGUGGUCCCCAAUGAGACAGGACUGAGUAUUUUCCUGCGCUCCACUGCAUACACAGAUUUUGAUAAGAUCCUGGGGAUUCAGUGUUUCUUGGGACUUGAUGGACAGAUGAAGAUCAGCUCGAGUCACCUGAGCACAGAGUUCCACAAGAGUAUGCGGUUCACUCCAGGCAGUGCGUCCUGUUUCCGGUUUUUGGUGGUAGACACGGGGACUGAGAUCGUCUUUGAGGUGGCCAUUCUACACGACUGUCACACACUGGAGAGUGUGAUGCCCAUGAAUCAAGUGAAGGCGGAGUUAAGGCUGAAGGUGCCUAACACUAUCGGGAACGAGAUGAACCCAUUCAUUGUGAAACUAGAGGACAGCAAUCGUGUGGCAGUAUUCGAUGAACUUCACGUCAAACAUGGUAGUUUCUUAUGAGAAUUAUGUACCGUUAUACUGCUUCUUUCAAAAUUUAUUCUUUCAUUAUGCAGGUGCCUCUGUUUAUUGUAGAUAUUAACAGUCUGCUUUUCUUAGUAAUAUACAGAAUUACCAAGAUAUCUUUAGGGUGUUUUUUUAUUAAUCAUGUAAUUAUCAUUGAAUUAUUUAACAUGGCAUUCUGUUUUCAAUGUCUUUCUUCAAACAUACAUGUACAUUCAUCUACCGAUGCAUUACAGGUGAUUUGCUUUUGUUGACAUGCAUGUUCCAUUGUCAUGAAUUAUUUUAUUUUCUUUAUUGAGAAAGUGCUGGUACAUGGCAUUAAUAUUCCAUUUAAUACAUUCCUGAGAAAAUUUAUUUAUAUGUUCAAUUUACACCAUGUGUGUUGUGUGAAACUUGUGAUGUAAAAGGUUGUGUGAUUUUGUUUACAUGUUAUCUGAUGAUGUCUACAGUUCAUUCCAUACAUGCAGUAUAUAUUGUUUACAAAGAAUAAUGUAUUGUAACUAUGGUUAAUAUCAAUUUAUGAUAAUGAUUAUAAUUUUGAUGGAUUUUAUGUUAUUUGUUACUCUUUUUCUACAUGGAAUAUAUCUUUCAGAAAUAAAUGAUCUAUAACCUA